AUGAUGAAUCAAGGAGGCACCGCUGACACCAUAUCCACACUGAAUCCGAAUUCGGUCGAGGUUCUUGAUUCUUCACAAGCGUAUACAUCUUCAUAUUAUGCCCCAUCUAGUGGAUCUGCAGCUGUACCAUGGACCACACAAAGGACAGAUAAUUUCUCGACGGAGAAUGGGAUUCUUACUAAUUCCAGCUACCACCAAGAUCAGCGUGCUGAGCCUCAUUCAAGGAAUGUCCAGGAUGGUUUGACUGUGGGAUCCCUGGCUUCUACGUCAACUUCUGGAACAGCAAAUGUACCACAAGCAUAUAGCAACUAUGCAACAUACCCAAAUACUGAUCCCUAUGGAUAUAACAAUACAGGAUACACAGGUUACUACAAUGGCUAUCAGCAGCAAUCUAAUCAGUCUUACCCUCAGCCUAUAGGAGCAUAUCAAAGCACAGGUGCUCCUUAUCAGUCUCUUUCCUCAUUUCAGAAUACUGGGUCUUAUGCUGGGCCUGCAAGUUAUUCAAGCACUUACUACAAUCCUGGUGAUUAUCAGACAUCUGGAGGUUACCCAAGUGGCAGUUACAGUAAUCAGACCAACUUGUGGCGUGAAGGGAACUAUGCAUCCUACACUUCUCAUCAAUACCCAAACUACACUCCUGACUCAAAUAGUGCUUAUAGUUCUAGCAGUGCCAUUGCAAGUUCACAACAAUAUCAGGAACCUUAUAAACAUUGGGCAGAUUAUUACAAUCAAACGGAAGUCACCUGUGCCCCUGGGACUGAAAACAUUUCUGUUCCUAUUACGUCUACUACAGCGUGUCCUGCUCCUGCUCCUGCUCCUGCUGUCACGGGUGGGUAUUCAGCUUCAAACAGCCAGCCACCUGUACCUUUUACUACUCCUUGGAGACCAGAGUCUAGUUCAUCUGAACUGCUUUCAGGGCAGGUUUGGUGCUUACUGUUUCAUAGAGUGUGA